AUGCCCAUCAGGACCAAGGUCCACGGUCCAGUAUCACAUCAUGAAAUAGUUUCGUGUAAACAUAUGAAACUGUAUAUAGCAGAUGAUUGUGUUAUAUUGAGUGGAGCAAAUUGUUCAAAUGAUUACUUUCAUCAGCGACAAGAUCGCUAUAUUGAAAUUCAGGAUGUUGAACUUGCAAAUUUUUAUUCUGAACUUAUAGAUGAAAUUGUUAAAUAUAGUAAGCAAGAUGGAAAAAAUAUAAAUUCUAAAAGUACAAAAGAUGCCUUGAUUAAAGAAGUAAGCAAAAGUAUUGAGUCUAUUAUAGACAGAUGGAAAAAUAAACAAUCUAUAAAAUUAUCUUCUUUAAUUGAUGACCAAUCAGACACAUGGGUGUUUCCUCUUAUACAAAUGGGUGAAUUCAAAAUCAAUCAAGACGAGCAAGCAACUUGUAGUAUUUUAUCGUCUGCACCUAAAGGCUCCUAUUUUCGCCUCGCAACAGGAUAUUUUAAUUUAACUGAAAAAUAUGCUACAAUUUUACUUAGAGAUUGCAAAGCCAGCAUAAGCUUAUUGAUGGCACAUCCAAAUGCUAAUGGAUUCAUGGGAGCUGCAGGGCCAGCUGGUGGGAUUCCUCAUGCUUAUUCUUUAAUAGCUAGGCAAUUUUGGCAAAAAGUAGUUGAAUACAAUCAAACUUGCAGAGUGCAGGUGUUAGAAUAUGAAAGACCUGGAUGGACUUUUCAUGCAAAGGGUCUAUGGUACUACCCUCCCGGCAGUGGAGUCCCGUGGGCAACAGUAGUGGGCUCUGCUAACUUGGGCGAGCGCUCGGUACGUCGCGACCUAGAGGCGCAAGCCGCCAUAUUUACCUCGUCACCUGAUUUGCAAAAAAGACUUCAUAGUGAAUGUUCGAAAUUACACGAUUUUGCUACAGAAUGCAGCAAAGAUUUGCAAGAGCGACAAGCUCCGUUAUGGGCUUUACGAGAU